CCUCACCCCUCUCUCUCCACCCUUUCUGCCUUCGCCACUCUCCACCCUGCCGUGCGUCAUGCUACCCGCCGGGAAGACCACGCCGUCGUCAGGCGCCUCUCUCGUGCUGGCCGGCAACAAGGCCGCGUCGGCGUCGCCUUCGGUGGUCUCCGCCAAGCAAGCGCCGGCCGGCGCCGCCGGCGGUCUGGUGCUUGCCGUGGACGGCAAGCGCUCGGUGGCCACGCUCGCUGCCGUCCAGGGACGCGGCCCCGCCUUCCCCGACGACGACCUCAAGCCCAAGGCGUUCUCGGCGGAGAAGAUCAAGACCAUGGCUGAGGAAACGUCCGCUCUGCUGCGGGGCCUCUGCGUUCCAAAGCAGAGCAGCAUCGCCGAGCAGGCUUGCUUCACCAAAGAAGUCGAGGCCCUCCAGAAGGCGUGCGACGGGAUGGUCGAAGGAGCACCCUUCGACGAAGAUGAGGCCAUCAACAUGCUGAUCGGCGUGCAUGCUCGUAUCCGUCUCCUGCUCACCUCUCACAACAAGCUGACCCCCCAGGAAUUCCUCAUCUCCUCCAUGGGUGAGAACAAGGCCUCGGUGGAGGAGUACAUGUCUGCGGAUGACAAGAUCAUGGGUGAAGCUGAUCAGGGGAGGACCAGCCUGUACGAGAUGGUGAAGAAAUCCUCACUCGUCGAGCCCACGCCCACCAUGUGCUCGGACGAUGAGGUGAAGGCGGUGCUCCAGAAAACUCUCACGCUCCUCGAAUCUUCUGACCCGGCGCACUCAACGACUUGCAUGGCAGGUCUCUUCUACAAGUUGCGUUCGAACUGCCGCACUCAACGACUUGCAUGGCAGGUCUCUUCUACAAGUUGCGUUCGAACUGCCGUGCUCUCAUGGAGGACGUCGAGAAGAACGGCGUCGACGGCAAGACCGGCUCCGCCAUCGCCAUGAUUCACAUCAGUGUGCUCUUCGUGCUUGGGCAGCACAAGAAGUACUUCUCCUACGAGGAUGCAGCCGAUGAUUCUCUCAUGGCCUCACUUCGAAGGCUCGAGGUUGCGCUGCGGGACUACAAGAUUGGAGGGCCGUCGUCUCCACCUUCAGAGACCACAGACUAGUCCUAUCAUUCUACCUGCAAACCGCCUACCUAUCCAUGUCAUCGAGUAGCUUACCUAUCUAUCAUAAGUCUGCGUGUGUUGAGGCAGUCUAUCUCAGUCUAUGAUAUAUACUUGCAUGAGUGCAUUGAGAACGAAACUCUUUUGGUAUUAUGUUACUCUAUAUUGCUCUGCCAUUAUC